UUUGUUCAUUAUGAGUCAACUAAUGAGGCCAACUGAUUAAGAGCUCCUCUUACACCAUAUUAUUAUGUGGUGUAGUUCUGGUUACCGGCUAGGUUAUCCAAAAAUGCUACUGUUACGAUUUUCCACGCUUUUGUUAUGUGGUGUAGUUCUGAUUCAGCUGUUCGCUCCUCAAAUCGAUGCUCAAAGAUCAAGAAGUCGAUGGCAGACACUCAGUGGCGAAGCUCCACUUGUGAUUGAUCGUGGUGGGUUUUCUGGAUUGUUACCAGAUUCGAGUCUUGAUGCCUACAAUCUUGCAAUUCAGACAAGUGUAGCCGAUGUUGUUUUAUGGUGUGAUGUUCAGUUAACCAAAGAUGGAGUUGGGAUUUGCUUCCCUGAUUUAAAUUUGUUCAAUGCUUCAAAUAUUGAAGAUGUUUACCCAAAUGGUCAAAAAUCUUACCCGGUUAAUGGAGUCACUACUCAGGGUUGGUUCACCAUUGAUUCCACCUUGAGAGAUCUCCAGAAUGUAACCUUGUCCCGAGGAAUAUUUUCGAGAUCAGAUAAAUUCGAUGGAAAUUUAUAUCCGAUUUCCACGAUUCAAAGUGUAACUGAGCAGAUGAAGCCAGAAGGAGGUUUUUGGUUAAAUGUUCAGCACGAUGCGUUCUACAAGCAACAUAAUUUAAGCAUGAGCAGUUUUAUAUUAUAAGCUUCAAGAACUGUUUCCAUGGAUUUCAUCUCUUCCCCUGAAGUGAAUUUCUUUAAGAAAAUUGCUGGCCGUUUCAAGCGUAAUGGACCGAGUUUCGUGUUUCAGUUUCUCGGGAAAGAAGAUUUCGAGCCGACAACAAACCAAACAUACGGUUUUAUCUUGAGUAACCUAACGUUUGUCAAGACGUAUGCUUCAGGGAUUCUUGUUCCCAAGUCAUAUAUAUUUCAACUCGAUGACAAGCAGUACUUGAUUCCUCAUACAUCAUUAGUUCAAGAUGCUCACAAAGCAGGAUUAGAAGUAUAUGUGUCAGGUUUCGCAAAUGAUGUUGAUAUUGCUUAUAACUAUAGUUACGAUCCAGUGUCUGAGUAUCUAUCUUUUGUGGACAAUGGCGAUUUUUCUGUCGAUGGUGUGCUCUCUGAUUUUCCCUUAACUGCAUCUGCAUCCAUUGACUGCUUCUCCUACAUUGGCAGAAACCCUACAAAACCUCUGAUCAACCAGAGGACUAAUCCGGUUCAUGCCUCAGUGGAGUUUCUUGUUAUAUCAAAAGAUGGUGCGAGUGGGGAUUAUCCUAGAUGUACAAACUUGGCAUAUGUGAAGGCAAUAAAAGAUGGUGCCGAUGUUAUCGAUUGCUCUGUCCAAAUGUCCAGCGACGGUAAAUCCUUUUGCUUAAGUACGGCAGAUCUCAAGGACAGCACACUGAUUGCCCAAAGUCAGUUUAGCAACCGUUUAACUACUGUUCCUGAGAUUAGCUCAGUUCCUGGAAUAUACACUUUUAGUCUCACAUGGCCUGAGAUCCAAAACUUGACUCCUGCUAUUUCAAACCCUUACCAGAGUUUUUACAAUAUGUUUAGGAAUCCGAAUGAGAAAAAUUCAGGGAAGCUUAUUUCGCUUUCUGAGUUCCUAGAAUUAGCAAAAAAAUCCACUUCUAUCUCCGGUGUUUUGAUCAGAGUAGAGAAUGCGGCAUACUUGAGAGAGAAGCAAGGGCUCGACGUGGUUAAAGCGGUUCUCGGUACCCUCACAAAAGCUGGUUACAAUGAUGGAAAUACAACAAUUAAGGUCAUGAUUCAGUCUACGAACAGCUCGGUUCUAGUCGACUUCAAAAGCGAGAGCAAGUACACAACUGUCUACAAAAUCGAAGAGACCAUUAGUGAUAUCCGUGACUCUGCCAUCGAAGUCAUAAAGAAAUUCGCUAACGCUGUUGUGAUCAACAAAGCAUCAGUCUUUCCUAUUGCUGAUAAUUUCCUGUCGGGGCAAACAAAUGUUGUGGAGAAACUGCAGAAGUCUCAGCUCCCGGUUUAUGUAGAACUGUUUCAGAAUGAGUUUGUCUCUCAACCAUUUGACUUCUUCACUGAUGCCACUGUUGAGAUAAACUCAUAUAUCUCUGGAGCCGGUAUCAAUGGAACCAUCACCGAGUUCCCUUAAACAGCUGCAAGAUACAAAAAGAAUCGAUGUUUGAGGAGACAAGAUAUUCCACCUUACAUGUCCCCUUUUGAACCUGGUGGCGUCUUAAAACUUGUGAGUCGUUCUAAUUCCUUACCUCCAGCCCAAGCUCCAAGUCCAGUUUUCACAGAUGGUGAUGUCACUGAGUCACCACUACCACCGGUUAUUCCAAAAGCGUAUGGAGUACCAUCAACUAUUGCACAACCUCAGAGGACUUUGGUCAAAACAAUUCGCAUAGUUGCCGGUACAGUAGCUGGAGUUGUUUUGUUCUUGGUAUUGUUAAUAUUGUUUCAAUGUUAUCUUCGGAAGAGGAAAACACGACCAAGACAACCGAACUUUAAAGCUCUUAUUCCACUCAAACACUACACUUAUGCGCAAGUGAAAAGAAUUACAAAGUCAUUUGCUGAAGUGGUUGGAACAGCCGGAUUUGGAAUAGUUUAUCGUGGAACACUUAGUGACGGCCGUAUGGUUGCGGUGAAGGUCUUGAAAGACUCAAAGGGAAAUGGUGAAGACUUCAUCAAUGAAGUUGCUAGCAUGAGCAGAACUUCUCAUCUCAACAUUGUCUCCUUGCUUGGUUUCUGCGCUGAAGGUUCUAAAAGAGCAAUUAUAUACGAGUUUUUGGAAAAUGGGUCACUUGACAAGUUCAUCUCAGGCAAGUCCUCGAAUAAUAUGGAUUGGACGACACUAUAUAAAAUUGCUCUAGGAGUUGCUCAUGGUCUAGAGUAUUUGCACCAUAGCUGCAAAACAAGGAUUGUACAUUUUGACAUUAAACCACAAAAUGUGCUCUUAGAUGACAAUUUUUGCCCCAAGGUUUCAGACUUUGGCCUUGCUAAGCUAUGUGAGAAAAAAGAGAGCAUCUUGUCAUUGCUGGAUACAAGAGGUACCGUAGGGUACAUUGCACCAGAGAUGAUCUCCAGAGUUUAUGGGAAUGUGUCGCACAAAUCAGAUGUCUAUAGCUAUGGAAUGUUGGUUCUCGAUAUGAUCGGUGCAAGGAACAAAGAAAAUUUUAAUCAAGUUCCCGCUGCUUCUAACCCAAGUUCGAUCUACUUUCCUGAAUGGGUAUAUAAGGAUCUGGAGUUAGGCAAGUCCAAAAGGCAUAUUGAGAUUGGAAUCACUAACGAAGAAGAAGAGGUAGCAAAGAAGAUGACAUUGGUGGGUUUGUGGUGUAUUCAGCCUUCCCCAACAGAUCGUCCACCGAUGAAUAGAGUUGUAGAGAUGAUGGAAGGAAGUUUGGAUGCUCUAGAAAUCCCUCCUAGGCCUGUUUUUCAAAUUCCCACACUGCCUCUACAAGAAUCUUCAACUUUUUCAGAGGAUAUCUCUGUUUACAGAGAAGGAUGAUCCAAGAAGUCUCCAUGUAACCUAUCAAAGUACGAAAAUAUUUGGAAAUGUCAUAUAUUAUCCGUACUAUGUUAAACUAGAUAUCCUUACUAUGUAAAGCUAGUUAAUUAGCGUUUGUUUUACUAGUUUAAUUUCACUCGGCUUGAAAAAAAAAAACAAAACUGAUCAGUCGAGUUAUUAA